UUAUACAAUUUUGUAAAUAAGCGAUUUUUCUCCUUCACUGAUGUGCGCUAAUGAAGCUGCAGUGAUGGGCACUGAUAGGCUGCACUGAUGGACACUGAUAGGUGGCACUGAUUAGCAGCACUGAUAGGUGGCACUGAUUGGCAUUGAUAGGUGGCACUGACUGGCACUGAUGGGUGACAUUGAAUGGCAGCUCAGAUGGGCACUGAUAUGUGGCAUUGAUGUGUACUGGUAUGCACUGAUAUGUGGCACUGAUGGGAACUGGCACGUGGCACUGAUGGGCACUGGCACGUGGCACUGAUGGGCACGGACAGGUGGC